AUGAAAUGUUAUUACGGGAAACCGGAAGAAAAUCGACGCGGAAAGAAGAAUGUUGAAUCUUGCGAAAAAGUCGUCGGCUCACCAUUCUACAACCCCGAUGAAUCUGUGCUCAGCUUUCGUCUGUAUCACCGUAAAAGACAUCGUCAGAAGGCCAAUUCGUAUGGUAUGUACUUUUGCUCUGAUGAUGUCUGUUUUGGUGAUAGAGACGACAGUUUAGAACAGGUCCAUCUGAGUCGCCGGACGGGGAGCCGAGGACUUCUUUACACAAUCCAACGGUCUUGA